GUGACCAGCCGCCCGCCCAACCGCUUCCAGCAGCUGCUCGGCAUGUCGCUGCACGGGGACCCGCUGCUGCCGCCCUCGACGCUCGGCAAGGCUGACAGGCCUGGAUUGCUGAGUGUAGGACAGUUUCAUCAACCUUAUCAUCGAGACAGUUUCCUUCCUUACUCCUACAUACCGACCUCAUCCCAGAACCACGGCACUUUACCAACGGAAGGUUUAGAUCGGACUCCAGUCCCGGAUUCCAGAGCGUGGCAGGGUUCUCUUGGGUUGCUUCCAGGGCAUGAGGCUUCCUCAACUUUUCCAAAUAAAAGGGUUGCCUUUCCGGUACUCCAAAGGUUUCCAACAGAGGUCACAUACACACUCCAGCCUGUUACCUCUCUUCUGCCGCUUCAGCAAGGGUCUCAAACCAUUGCCACUUCCCUUCCAAAAUACAGCAGCUAUGCAUCUUCAGUGCAGUACUCGCAGGCCUACUAUCCAACAGCUGCACUGCAGUGUUGUUCACCACCUGCCCCCGUAGAUCCUCUGACUGGCUGUGCUAGUCCUGCAGCUUCGACGUACACCCACUGCAGCUUUUUCCAGAGUCCUCCAAUGCAGUCACCUUAUGCAGCUGAAUUUCUGCCCUCUAACUGGCCUUGUAAUACAGCUGAUGAAAACAAGAAGACGGAAGUAAAUCUUGAAGCUGUGUUUCAGAUUGUUGAUGAGAUGCAUUCAUCACCCAAAGCUGAAAUGGUGAAAGUGGAGCCUGUGGAGAGCCCGUGUUCAACCCCCCAGUCUAACAGAGGUCAGCCGCUGCUGGUUAAUAGUGAGAAUAGUGAUACACCUUCUUCAACUGAGGAAAGCCAACUGGAAUCUCUUACUCCUGUAGCUUCAGACACAUCAUUUGUGAUGGGAGCAGAUCAAGCAGCAACUUGUUCUCCAUCACAGCCUUUUGAAUUUCUUUGUGCUACCCAUACCACUGCAUCUGUAGAAAGUGCUGUUGCUGAAAUAGUGCAAGAAUCUGUGACCACACAGGAAGCAUGUGAAAAACUGAGAGAACAACCAGGUCACUGCUCAACUCAAUCCUUCAUAAUGUUUGUUCAGGAAGGACCAUUCAGUCCAGAGCAGGGGAAUACUAGUGUUAAAUGUGAAGCCAAUAUGUCAGAGACAGAAGAGAGACAAUUCACUUCAGGAACUGAGCCUGUGAACAAACCUGUAGAAGAGAUCGACUCAUCUGUAAAACCCAGGUGCAGGAAAAGAAGACAUAGUUCACACGAGGGCAAGUCCCCUGUCUUGGUGUACAUGUGGAGGGUAGAGACAGACAGCACACCUGAGCCAACCAUGAUCAGGCUCAAGUUGGCCCAAAAUAAAUUGGGUACAUGA